UCCCAGCGGCCAAGAAGAGGGCGGCCCUGACAGGGGACGACGAGGAGCCAGACCUCCAGGACAAGGAGCACAUCAGCAUCAGCAACUGCCCCAAGCCACCCUGCCGCCUGCGCCGCAAGUCCACCACCGUGGUCGAGUUCAGGUUCACUCCAGACAAGGACAUCAAGACCUUGAAGAACGAGGUGAACGCCAAGAUCCUGGGCAUCCCCUUCCCCUUCCUUGGCGUGGACAACACAAACGCUUGCGGACAGAUUUUCAACACCGACGGCUCCAAGGCGCCCUGCCCGCUCAAGUCGGGCACGGAGUACGUAUACAAGAACAAGUUUGAUAUCCUGGAAAUCUAUCCUAAGGUCAAGGUGAACGUGCACUGGGCGCUGGUCUCCCAGAACAACGAGAGGGUCCUCUGCUUCAACGUUCCCGCCAAGAUUGUCGGUUGACACGUCGAUGCCAGACAGGCUGUAUCAGCCUCAAGUUUGUGAUAUUUUCCCACAUUUCGCCCAUCGCAAUAACACAUUUCACCAUGUUUCCAAUUAGAUUAAAUGCUGUUUUUUUCUCAUUUUUA